AUGAACAGAGUCACCAAGAUUCAAACAACCCCAUCAAUGUCUGAGAUAGACAUGGCUCCUUGCUUCAAGGUGUUCGUGUUCGAGCAGGAGCAUUUCCAAAGCAAGUGUCAGGAGCUCACCACAGAGUGCUGCAACAUCCAGGAGCGUGGGUUUGACAACAUCCGAUCUAGUGGAGACUGGGUGUGGUAUGAUCACCAUGACUUCCAGGGGCAGCAGUUUGUCUUGGAAACUGGAGAAUAUCCACACUGGGAUGCCUACAGAGACAGUCUGGGCUACCAUGUGGAGAUGAUGAUGUCAUUGCAUCCCAUCUUCUGUGCUGUGAGUCCAUGCACCAAUACUUUGAAGGUCUUCUUUGUGUGCUAUGAGUACACAGGCUAUCGAGGACAGCAGUAUGUUAUGGAGUGUAACAAGCACAGUGGAGACUACCAGCAUUGGAAGGACUGGGGCUCACACUGCCAGACCCCUAAGAUCCAGUCUAUCUGCAGAAUCCAACAUUAA